GACCGUCGCCUCACUUCCGGGAGCGCCCGGGCGCCGCGGCAGCCGUCUGUUCGCAGCGCUGCCGACCGGCCGGCUCCGGGUGGGGGAGCGGGGGAGCGCGCAGCCAGGCCCGAGGCCCUCUGCCCGCGCGGUCCGGGCCUCUCCCUGCGGCCAUGGGGGCGUCCGCGCGCCUACUGCGCGCAGUGAUCAUGGGGGCGCCGGGCUCGGGCAAGGGCACCGUGUCGUCGCGCAUCACCCAACACUUCGAGCUGAAGCACCUCUCGAGCGGGGACCUGCUCCGAGACAACAUGCUUCGGGGCACAGAAAUUGGUGUGUUAGCCAAGACUUUCAUUGACCAAGGGAAGCUCAUCCCAGAUGAUGUCAUGACUCGGCUGGCCCUUCAUGAGCUGAAAAAUCUCACCCAACAUAGCUGGCUGUUGGAUGGUUUUCCAAGGACACUUCCACAGGCAGAAGCCCUGGAUAAAGCGUAUCAGAUAGACACAGUGAUUAAUCUGAAUGUGCCCUUUGAAGUCAUUCAGCACCGCCUCACUGCCCGCUGGAUUCAUCCAGCCAGCGGCCGAGUCUACAACAUGGAAUUCAACCCUCCCAAAACACUGGGUGUUGAUGAUGUGACUGGAGAGCCUCUCGUUCAGCGGGAGGAUGACAAACCAGAGACAGUUGUCAAGAGGCUGAAGGCCUACGAGGCGCAAACAAAGCCGGUCCUGGAUUACUACCAGAAAAAAGGGGUGUUGGAAACAUUCUCUGGAACAGAAACCAACAAGAUCUGGCCUCAUGUAUAUGCUUUCCUACAAACAAAAGUUCCACAAGUAAACCAGGAAGCAUCAGUUACUCCAUGAGGAAAAGUGCCUAUAACUAGUAAGAUGGGCAGAAGCUCCUUGUCCUAAGACUCAUGUAUGAAUUCUUUGAAAAUUGUAUUAAUUUCAUUUCUACUGAUUUUAUUCUGGAAAUUAAGGAUGUGCCAAAUGAGUCAGAUACCAAGAUUCAUCUUUUGAAAUUGUCUAGUCUGUUUUAUCUAGUUAUCUUCUAUGGGUGUGCAAUUCAAAAGCAUCAGAGAUGUCUAAACUUUUGGAAAAUCUUUUAGAGCAUGAUUAAAAGAGUAAUGGUAGUAAUCUAACGUUUGUUCAGAAGAGUAAGUGGCUGAUAGAGUUUUCUGUGUCUUCUGGAAAAGUGAAAAAAAAAAUUCCAUGUAAUUUGGGGAAAAUAUCUCAGUAGAGGCUUUUGUGUAGACCGAUACCAAAGACAUCUCUGGCACUGUGGUACACGAUUUUGUGAGACACUAUGUUUAUAAAAUUCCAGAAAAUACGCAACUGGAUUUACACAUCAGUUGCAGGAUGCAAAUUCACUGCUGCCUUUACACUAAGAAACUUACAAGCUAGCCAUAUAUGCUGUAUUUAUUUUGUUAAACAUACCUUCAGUUUACUCAGAAUUUUCAAUUCACCAUAAAAAUCUAUGAGUUAGUAUACAGGAAAAUAUUUGUUUCCUGUUAUUAGUUAUUGUUAUGACUUGUUUUCUUUUGGAAAUACAUGUGUACUGAGGGAUAUGAUUUAUGUUAGAAACUGACAUUAUAAGUUCUUGCAAAAGCACCAAAAUUGAAUUUUCAAUGGAAAAUAUAAUUAAAGUCUUAUUUUCUCAGAUGUUACUCAGGGUAAGAAAUGCAUGCUCUAGGUUCGACUUGCCAGUUUCUCUUUUUGAUCAAAAUGUAUGAUCUGCCUUGAUGAGUAACAAAUUAAAGUACAAAAAAAAAAAGAAGGAAGACCCAUAGCACUAGGUAAGCUCAACUGUGUCAUUAGGAAAUAGAAAUAAAUCAGGUUUGUCUGGGGAAAAUUCCUUUGACAUAAAUAACAAUCAUAACUAGUAAACAGGUGUAGCAAUUAAAAGGGUUUCUAUGACAGGUUAAAAAAGACUAGGAGACUGAAUUUGCUGAAGGAGUUCUUUAUUCCGAAUCAAAGUUGACACCUGCUAGCACUCACUGCCAUCCCAGCUUAAAGGCAAAGAACUCUGCUGGUGAAUGUAAUCUGAGCAGCCAUUUUAAAAUCAAAAUGAUUUGAUUCCUUAGUGGGGCAAUAAGGAUGUAUGUGUACGUACUGUGGCCUGGAAGGAAGAGUGAGGCAGUAUGAGAAGUGGGGGAGAAACCUCAUUUAUCUUCAAUGGCAUACUUACUCUUAAUUUUACUUGGUGCUAAAUCAAAUGAAACAAGUCCUUAUACAAGCUGUCAUUAACUGCCUUUGAAAAUUUGGCUCAUUUUAUUUCAGGCACUUAAAAUACAAUUGCCAGCAAGUGGUUCUUAUGUAUUUGUGGGGAAAAAACUUAUUUUCUUUUGAUUUUUUAAAAAUCACUGUUGAUCUCCCAGAGGGGAUCACGGCUUUAAAAAAAAAGAUUAUAGUAAACAUUUCAUUCUUUACAAAACUUCCUAUGUUUUAUUGGAAUGUUAAUAUUAUGUGCUUUCUAAAAACUUUGUGAGCUACUAAAUUUAUGAAUUAUCACUGGGUUAACCACUAAAUUUAUGAAUUAUCACUAGGUUAUUGGCAUACAUUAGAAUUAAUAGAAUAAAAUUAAAUUUUUGAACUGUGGAUGUUACUUUGUCCUUGGUACUUCACAGGGCUCACUCCAUCCCACCUUCUAUUCUACUGCCCGGAUGUCUCACUGGCUUCUGAAUUAGUGACUGCUUUCUAAUAGUUGUCUUGAAACAGUACACAGGCUGGUUUCAUUUUACACUGUCCUUUAUCUCCUGCUAUAGUUGCAAUCACACUGGCCCUCUUGACACCCUUAAGAGAUUUGGAAAUUAAAAAGAGGGGUAGAAGAACAUGGCUAUGAAGACUCAAGACUUCUUUCCUGUGACCAUUUUCUCCCCACACCCAAAACACUUAACCCAAAGUUUUGUACUUGCAUCCAUUACUUUGGGAAACACCUGCACUAUUACUUUUUUCUUUAUUAAAGCAAACAAAAAAAAUUUGUUUCAUGCUGAGUUGAUGUCACAGACAGCUCUGAUGAACAAUCUCAUUGCUGAGGAGUACAUCCUGCUAAAAACCAUAAAAAUGCUGCAGCGACCAUCGUUAUGAUUUAUGUGCCACACGGAAAUAUGUCUGGAGCUGAAUGCCAUGGCUAGAAGUUACUAGGCCUUAGUUAAAGGAUAAUGAGAACAGUACAUCAACUCAUUACCCUAUUUUCUGGAGUGCCAUAGUUAUUUUGGUACACCUUUCAUAAGCAUUGUGUGCUGUGGGAAAUACAAAGUGGCAGUACCAUCCAGAAAUUUUAUUUCUCAAUUACAUUUGAAAUAGGUUAAAUACCAGCUCAAAUUUCUAAACCCCAUCCCAUAGCUACUUCCCCCUCAGCUAUUUACAAUGGCAUUCUAGCAAAAUAAAAUAUUUUGGACACUCAUAGAUUCUGACAAACUUACCUAUGUUAACAACAAAUCAUGGUCAUUACAAACCUCAGAUUAAAUUGUUGUAAUACUUGCAACCAACAGCAAAAAUAAAUUUCUAUUUUAAAACA